AUGCCUCCCUUGACUAGAAACACUAGUCAGGCCAGGCAGGAAACGGACAGUAUGGAACGAAACCUUACUGAACAGGACAGGAUCGGACAAGAACAGCGAUUCGAAGGACAGGACGGCAGGGAUUUAGAUGAAGAAAGUAAUUUCGAAGGGGAACACGCAGGCGCAGUUCAAGAAGAAGGACGAGUCAGGACGGAAACGCACGAAGAGUUACUCUUUUGCGUACAAGAGGCUGAACGAGUACAGGAAGAACAGGAACAAGAAAAGGAAGCUCUCACUCGAGAGUUGAUGAAUGUUAGGGCGGAAAGAAUGUUAAGCGGUGAGACUGAGUCCGUUCCCGCUCAGGAGCGGGCUGAAACGUACGAAGAAUUACUCCGUCGCGCGGAAGAAGCUGCACGGGACCAAGAGAUUCAAGCCCAAGUCAACGAGGCUUUAGCUCGAGAAUUACGAGAGCUCAAGAAUCAACACGGAACCGGACAGAGAGUUGCUGUACGGGGAAUGUUAGGCGUCGAGAAGGCUCCAGGGAAGACCGGCUCGAUGUAUACCUGCGAGGACAUAUCCGGGAGUAAUGUAGAACGUAGGACUAGGGUAUAUAGAUGUAAUAACAGAUGA